AUGGAGGAUAUCCCAUCACUCAAUGCAACUAAUAUACCCAAUGAGGAGUGGGCAUGUAUUAGCGACGUGGAGCAGCGGAGACGCAUUCAAAACCGGGUUGCUCAAAGAAGACACCGGCGUAGGAUCAAGGAACUGAAGAAGGUCACCACCUCCUCAGCAUCUCCUGUAGUAUCGACGGUCCAAUCCAUUCCUACAGACCAGUUCGCGGCCAGUCAGUCAAUGUCCGACUUUCCCAAAGCGGCGCCAUCCCCUCAUCCGCAGGCGCACAGCACCCCUUCUGCAGAUCCGUCCCGGCCUCUCUUCCACACGCCAACAAACUAUUUCCCACCACCCGCCUUACCCGAUGUCGAGACAAUGCUACGACAGUGGUAUGCACAGUCAGUACCCCCAGCAAAUGCCGGGCUGGGCACCAUGCCUCUGAAUCCCAUUGAUGGCGACCCGAUAUCGAUGUUACAGAUGUCACAAAUGCAGUUGGGGCCUGACCUACAGAAGAUGAGCAGUCAUAUACCUCAUGGAAUGGCAAAUCUCGCAGACAGAUCUAGAGACGAGCCUCAGGGAGGCCAAUUAGGUAUCACUCGACCAUUUUACCCGGCCAGACGCUCCGAGCUUGGUCGUAGUCACGAAUUAGACAGUUCAAGCAGUGACUCGGAUGAUUACGACGGCAAUAUCGAAGGAACACGCGGGAAUCGUUUGGGUAGUCUUUCUGCCCACCCUGCCCGUCAUCCGCUGCCGCCAACCAUCACGGCCCGCGACAAGGCCCACAUCGACCGUAUCCGCCGUGCCUUCCGCCAUGGCAUGCGUGCGGGCUUGGCCUCGCCAGAUGAGCGCGCCUCAGCCUCCGAGGAUCUCCAAAGGAGACUGGUACGCGCUAUGAACAAAGUGAUUGAGUUGUACGACUAUGGCUGCUGUCUUGAUGUCAUUCGACCUGACUCGGAUUUAGACCAUAUGCUGCUGGCGCUGCAGGACCAGCUAGCCAGAGUGGGCGAGAUGGGCAAGAUCAGGUCUGGAGACGUUCAUAUGAAUUGA